ACCGCCCUCAGCCGGGACCCGCCAUUUUCUGCCGGGAAAGGCGGGAAGGGGGAGAUCGAAGCCGCCGCAGCCGCACCGCGGGACCCGCACGGCUCCAGCGCCGCCGCCAGCGCCGCUCGCAGGCUGUGACGGCCCGGCAUGGCCCGCACCAAGCAGACGGCUCGGAAAUCCACCGGCGGGAAAGCGCCGCGGAAACAACUCGCCACCAAGGCGGCCCGGAAGAGCGCGCCCUCCACCGGGGGCGUGAAGAAACCGCAUCGCUACCGCCCCGGCACGGUGGCGCUGCGCGAGAUUCGCCGUUACCAGAAAUCCACGGAGCUGCUGAUCCGGAAACUUCCGUUCCAGCGGCUGGUGCGGGAGAUCGCGCAGGACUUCAAAACAGACCUGCGCUUCCAGAGCGCGGCCAUCGGCGCCCUGCAGGAGGCCUCUGAGGCGUACCUGGUGGGGCUGUUUGAGGACACCAACCUCUGCGCCAUCCACGCCAAGCGCGUCACCAUCAUGCCCAAGGACAUCCAGCUGGCGCGGCGCAUCCGGGGGGAGCGCGCCUGAGCCCCCAAAUUCCCAAAAAUUACCCAAAAAUUCCCCAAAAUUCCC